AUGAGGCGGCUCCCGAUUUGUGGCUUCGCGGGCUCUUCCCUCCUGGUCCAACCAUGCUUCCCUGUCCAUCCAAGUGUGGCUACGACCAUCGAGCUGUGUGCCUGCGAUCGAACCUCGCGCGAACCUCCCCUCCCUCUUCGACGCGACCCCACGCCCGAGACUAACUGUAUGGCUUGCCCGUCGACCGAUGGCUUUUUGGGUGUGGCGAGUGACCCACGCAAUGCCCGCCACGGUGCUCCCUGCAAGCUCGACGUGGCGCCGCCCUGUGGCUUCUCCGUCUCAUGUACGGAUUUACCGAGUACAUACGAAUACGCUCUGCUGCUUCUUCCUUCUUCUUCCCUUGCGGCCUGA